ACUGUAAUAAUGAAAAAAAUGGUGUUUUUGGGUUGAGGAGGUCGUGUGUUCUGAGAAUUGAGAUCCUUGUGUGAAAUAGAGUUGUCUUUCGUCUUACUUUGCCUGUGUCUGUAGAUGCGACAUAUACAUAUAUGUGUGUUAAUUUGUAUAUAGAGACAUAGACGAACGGAUUUAUAUAUACGUGCCGCCGGAUUUGCAGAGGUACAUGCAUCUCGAUCUGUAAGUUAAUCAGUUCACGUGCUGCGUUUGAAUUUUAGAUUCUUCGUUUUCUAUGGCGCUUUGUUGAUAUGAGCAAGCGUUUUUGUUCUGAAAAUUUUCGUUUGGUUUUGGUUUGGUUUGGUUUGUUCGAAGAUGAAGAACCCUAGAUGUCGGUUUGCGAGGUCUGUGUGCGACGUUGGAUUUUGAGCUCGGAUCUGAUUGGGGAAAGCUCGAAAUUAGAGUGUGUGGUGGAAUCUGUAGCGAUUUGUUAAGAUUGGAGCUUGAGUGAAUUGAACAGAUGGCUUCGAAUCCUCCAUUUCAGGUGGAGGAUCAGACGGAUGAGGAUUUCUUUGACAAGCUGGUGGAUGAUGAGGAUGAUGGCGAUUUCAAGGCUGUGGCGCCGGUGACGGGUCAGGUGAGUUUUGAUGGGGAUGAAUCUGAUGAGGCCAAGGCUUUUGCCAAUCUGAGUUUAAGUGAUAUCAAUGAUAAUGGGAAUAAUGAAACAGAUGGUUGGGAAACUGGGAUUGGAGAUGGUGGGGAUGAAGGGGCACUUAUUCCUGAUGAUGUUAAACCGGGGACAUUGGUGGAGGAAAAUGUAGUUGAGAGAAGUGCUUCCUUAGACCCACUGAAUUCGGCUGGUCUUAAUAGUUUGGGUGAGUGUAGUAAUGGAAAUUUAGCAGAUGAAGUUGCUUCUGAUGCAGCAGUUGAUAAGAGCAGUGGAUCUGGGCAUGGGCAUUCAAGUGUGAAGGAGGUGGGAUGGAGUGCUUUUAAUGCUGGUUCUGGUUCUAAUGCUGAUUCUGGUGGUUUUGGAUCUUUCUCAGACUUCUUUAGUGAAGUUGGUGGUAGUGCUGAGAUAAAUGCGAAUAUAGAGUCUAAGAAUGUUUCAGCUGACCAAGGGCAUGAUUCUGCAUAUUUAAAUACUUCAAAUUCUUAUGCACAAUAUCAACAAGACUAUGACUACGGUGCAGCUACCGAUCCAGCUGUGGAUGGCCAGAAUCUGAAUAGCACUCAGUAUUGGGAAAGUCUUUAUCCAGGAUGGAAGUAUGAUCCAAAUACUGGGCAGUGGUAUCAUGUGGAUAACUAUGAGGCAGGAGCUAAUGUACAGGGGAGCUAUGACCCUAGUUUAUCUGCUAAUUGGGAGAAUGGGAAGACGGAGAUUUCAUAUCUGCAGCAAACUGCUCAGUCUGCUGCAGGGACUCAAACUGAGAGCGGGACAACCGAAAAUGUCACUAAUUGGAAUCAGGUUUCACAGGCCAAUGAAAUGGUGACUGAUUGGAAUCAGACUUCAUUAGUAAACAACGGUUACCCAUCACAUAUGAUAUUUGAUCCUAACUACCCUGGCUGGUAUUAUGAUACAAUUGCUCAAGAAUGGCGUUCUCUCGACACGUAUGCUAGGUCUUCUCAAUUAGCCAUUGAAGCUGAGAAUCAGCCAAAUCAGAAUGGUUAUGCUUCAUCCAUGACUUUUUCACAAAAUGAUGAACAAAUGAUUCAUGGUGCAUUUGGACAAGCUGAUUCCAGUAGCGGUCAACAGUUUAGUAGUAAAGCUCUAGGCAACAACUGGUCUGGAUCUUUUGGUCAUUAUAAUCAACAGACACCUAGUACAUGGCAAACUCAGUGCGUUGUUAAUAGCGAGCCUAUGCAAGAAUACAAGGGAAACCAACAAGUGGAGAACAACUAUGGGCACGAUUAUUCUGCUACCAACCAGUUUUCUCAGCCGACGGCAAACAAUUAUGAGGAAACAGGUAUAUAUCAUGGGAAUGCAAAUCAAACUCAAAGUGAGUUUCCAUUAUUAGCGAGGUCACAAGGCCUUGCUUCUACGGGAAGCUUCAAUCAACAAUUCCAUCAACCAAGUAUUGAGCAAAAUGAUCACAAGCAUUCCUCAAGUGAAUAUUUAGGGAAUCAUACUUCAUUUAAUUUCUCACAACCAUUUCAAAGCACUCAGCAGUUCACUUAUGCUCCCGGUGCGGAGAGGUCAUCUGCAGGGCGCCCCCCACACGCCUUGGUUACUUUUGGUUUUGGUGGAAAGCUUAUUUUGAUGAAACAUAAUAGUUCUUUAGGAAACUCCUCUUUUGGAAAUGAGAAUCCUGUAGGAGGUUCUAUAUCUGUGCUUGACUUGAUUGACAUUGUGACUGAGAGGGUGGAUUCGAGUGUUGGGACUGGCACGUGCAGUUAUUUGCGAACUCUGUUCAGACAAUCCUUCCCUGGACCACUAGUAGGUGGAAGCGUUGGUAGUAAGGAAUUGAACAAAUGGAUUGAUGACAGGAUUGCGCAUUCAGGAUCUCCCGAUUUGGAUUACAGGAAAGUUGAAGUUUUGAAGUUGCUACUAUCUCUGUUAAAAAUAGGUUGUCAGUAUUAUGGAAAACUCCGUUCCCCAUUUGGUACUGAUGCUGCAAUUAAGGGAAGUGAUUCUCCGGAAACCGCUGUAGCGAAACUUUUUGCAUCUGCCAAAAGCAGUGUGCUACUCAAUCAAUAUGGUGCCGCUACUCGUUGUGUGCAACAAUUGCCGUCUGAAGGACAGAUGCAGGCUACUGCUACUGAGGUUCAAAGUCUUCUGGUUUCUGGUAGAAAGAAAGAAGCAUUACAAUGUGCACAAGAGGGUCAGUUAUGGGGACCUGCUCUUAUUCUUGCGGCACAACUUGGUGAGCAGUUCUAUGUUGAAACAGUGAAACAAAUGGCACUACGACAACUAGUCCCCGGGACACCUUUGAGGACAUUGUGCCUUCUAAUUGCUGGUCAACCAGCUGCUGUCUUUUCUGUGGAUACUAUGGCUCAUGGUGUCAUGCCUGGUGCUCUAAAUAUCCCUCAGCAACCUGCACAGUUUGGUGCAAAUGGCAUGUUAGAUGAUUGGGAAGAGAAUUUGGCUGUGAUAACUGCUAAUAGAACCAAGGAUGAUGAACUGGUGCUAAUUCACCUUGGAGAUUGUUUGUGGAAAGAGAGAAAUGAUAUCGUUGCUGCACACAUUUGCUAUCUGGUGGCAGAGGCAAAUUUUGAACCAUAUUCGGACACUGCUAGGUUGUGUCUUGUUGGUGCAGAUCACUGGAAAUUCCCCCGAACUUAUGCUAGUCCAGAAGCUAUUCAGAGGACCGAAUUAUUUGAAUAUUCAAAGCUUCUUGGGAACUCUCAGUUUAUUCUUCUUCCCUUCCAACCGUACAAGCUUGUAUAUGCUCACAUGUUGGCCGAGGUUGGGAAGAUAUCGGAUGCACUAAAGUACAGUCAAGCAUUACUGAAAUCACUCAAAACUGGUCGAGCUCCUGAAGUUGAAACAUUGAGACAACUAUCGUCCUCACUGGAAGAAAGGAUAAGAACUCACCAGCAGGGUGGAUUCUCUGCAAAUUUAGCCCCAGCAAAAUUGGUGGGUAAAUUACUUAACCUUUUUGAUAGUACUGCUCACCGUGUUGUUGGGGGUCUACCACCACCUGUACCUUCAAGUACCAAUACACAAGCGAAUGAACAAAUUCAUCAGUCUGUGGGACCUAGAGUCUCAAACAGCCAAUCAACUAUGGCAAUGUCAUCAUUAGUACCUUCUACAUCUAUGGAGCCCAUAAGUGAUUAUGCCGCUAAUGGCAGUAGAAAGACAUUUCACAAUAGAAGCGCUUCAGAACCUGACUUUGGAAAAAGUUCCCUACAGGGCAAGGCUGAGUCUCCUCCGAAAGAUGCAACCCCAAGUACAACGCAAGAAAAUGCAUCAGGAGGAGGUACAUCACGAUUUAGUCGCUUCAGUUUUGGAUCCCAGAUUAUUCAGAAAACAAUGGGAUUAGUCCUUAAAUCUCGCCAAGGCCGCCAGGCAAAAUUGGGUGAUCAAAAUAAAUUCUAUUACGACGAAAAACUCAAAAGAUGGGUCGAGGAAGGUGCUGAACCACCAGCUGAGGAGCCAGCAAUUGCACCCCCACCAACAACUGCCUCUUUCCAGAAUGGAGCAUCAGAUCAUAACUUGCGGAAUGCACCGUCAGAGUAUAACUUGCGGAGUGCUCUAAAGAAUGAAGGUUCUAGCAAUGGAACUCCAGAAUUGAAGAGUCCAGCCCCGAUGGACAGUGGUUCAGGAAUGCCACCACUUCCACCUACUUCUAAUCAGUUUUCAGCACGUAGCAGAACGGGUGUACGGUCAAGGUAUGUGGAUACCUUCAACAAAGGCGGUGGUAACGCCACAAAUUUGUUCCAGUCCCCUUCUGUUCCCUCAACCAAACCUGCAAACCCCGCCACCCAAAAGUUUUUUGUUCCUGCACCAGUCGCCUCUCCUGAACAGCCAGUUGAUAGUACCAUUGACAGCACACAGGAUAUCGCCACUAAUAAUGAACACCCUUCUUUCUCCCAUGUCAAUGGUGCAUUCCAGUCUCCUCCCCCGCCAUCAGACAUGACUAUUCAAAGAUUCGGAAGCACAGGAAACCUCUCAAAUAAGUUGGCACCAACAGUCCCCGGUUCCUUUCCAGCUCUCGCACGGCGAACAGCAUCCUGGAGUGGAGCUUUAAACGAGUCUACAUCUCCUGAACCUAAAUCCAACGCCAAACCACUCGGUGAGGUCCCGGGCAUGCCUCCGCCGUCAUCAUUUAUGCCCCCCGACGCUUCUUUAAUGCACUCCUCAAGAAGUGGCAGUUUUGGCGAGGAUCUUCAUGAAGUCGAACUCUGAUAGUGAAAGAAUGUAUAUAUAUAUAUUAAGUUUUGCUUCUUGUCACAGUUCAGUGUGGGCAUGAGCUCUGCACUGAGUUCUUAGACAGCGAGAGGUGUUUCUGAAAGAAACCUCAACACUGUUGCCCAAGAAGAAGCUCUCAUCUCAUUCCCCACGACCAAUCCUCAAUCAAUCCCUUGUUUUUCUGCAUUACUUAUGUUGUGUUGACAGCCAUUGUUUACUUCUAGUGAUAGAUAUUUGAGAGUAAUGUCAUAAUUUAUGAAGGAAUAUGGUCAACAGAUACAAAUGUACAUUUCAUUUGUUCAUUUAUUGAGGAAGAGAACAUCCUAUAUACUUGUAGAACCUUAAACUAUUGUUGGAAGAUAGUACCAAUAAAAUUGCUUAGUAUUGGAUC